AUAGUAUCCAGUAUCUACAGUAGUAGUCAAUACACUUCCAUAGUGACACCUUAGUAUCUAGUAUCUUGUAUAUAAUAGUAUCCAGUAUCUACAGUAGUAGUCAAUACACUUCCAUAGUGACACCUUAGUAUCUAGUAUCUGGUAUAUAAUAGUAUCCAGUAUCUGCAGGAGUAGUCAAUACAGUUCCCGUUGGAAAGACGUUAAUUUUUUUAUUGAAUCUUGUUCUAUGUGUUAUCAAGAUGUCAGUUCCAUGUAAAAGAAUCCGUCCGAGAUGAAUCUUACAAGAAUUUUUUUGUCUAAAAUAUCCACUCCUUGCCUAACCUUUCUUCCAUUUGUCAUUAUGAUAUGCGAAAUUUUGACAAUGGAUCCUAAGAAUUUCAAAAGUGAUCUUAUUUUUUUCCAAUCUGUAAGAAUACAUAUGAUAAAUAGCUUCUCAGCAAACAGCAAGAAUUCCACAAUUUAUUUCAUUAGAGAAAUUUGACACCUCUGCACUUCUGCAUGGAUAGCAAACAGCAACUUUAUAUUAUACUUAAUUUGAUAUUUCUGACGCCAAGAUAUCAAAUAAAAGAAUAGUAUGAAAAAGAAAAUUGCCGAAAAGAAAGCUGUAGCUCUGGUAAAUAUGUGUAAUAUUAGGGAGAAUAAAGCAGAGAUAUUGUGUCAAAAUCUAUAAUUCCUCUGUCUACAAGGGAUUAGAAUGCGUAGAUAUACAAAUGAGACACAUAAAACAGAUGUAUGAUCAGCGAAAAAGAAGAUACAACAACCAGAAAAUAAAUUCACUGCUCUUUUAUAAAAUUUUGUUAAAAAUAAAAAUUCGAAAAUAAAUAUUUAAAAAAACAUGUUUGUGCGUCUUAGUUGUUUGCUGAAGCUUGGUAGAAAUCAAAAUUAAAAUUAAAAUUCGUCUUAAUUGUAUUGGUUUACACGACGACGACAGUAGUUUAGAUACAGGGUCUCCCACAUCAUAUUAGAUCGUAAAUAGGUCUAAAUUAUCAUUUUUGGGACUAAUUACGAAAUUUAAGAAUCAUUUUAAAAAAUUGAAUAAGGCUAAUAUAAAAAUUUUCUUGUUGAAAAUGCAAGGUUUUUCGGGUAUUAUGUGUAUUAUGGCGUUAAAGCAUGGAGAUAAUCUAAUAUGAUAUGGGACGCUCUGUACAAUGAAGGAAUUAAAUAACAGGUGUAAACCUAUUUUAGAAUUGUUUAAAGGAGACUUUUAAAAUUACAUCAACAAUUAUUUUAAUGUUUGAAAACCCACUGCUAACUAUUUGCUAUUUUCCAAAUUAUCUAAAUAUCAUAAACACUUCCUUCAGGUUUGUAGAUGUAGACCACAAUGUCAUUAGAAGGAGCUAACAUGUGUCCUCAUCUUCUUCAUUUAUCUAAAUCAGGGGGAAACCUUGUCUCCUUGAACCCCUCAGUUCUUCAGCCGAGCCCCGCAGGUCUGCCGUCGAGCCGCACAACUUUACUUCCACAGUCUAAAUCCUUGCAGAAUUAUAAUGUUCAGGCAGAUACCCAGGUUAAACCAUUUGCUCCCAGUAGUUCAGUACUACCGGAGAAAUCAUUGGUUCCGUCCUGUUCAGGGUUCUUUAGAUCUGACUCAGCAAUUGAUAACAGGGUUUCCGUAGGAUCCGGCUGCAGCACUAUUCUACCCUGUGCUAAACCAUCUCCUGUAAUAAUUGGAGAUAAUACUUGGAUUCAGAAGAAAAUAUAUCUCAGACCGCAACAUAGAGGUGUUCAUCUAGUUACUGAUGAGCUGCUCACCUCUCUACCUGAAAUAACCAAAUAUAAGGUAGGACUAAUGAACCUGCAGCUGUUGCAUAGUUCUGCUAGCCUGAGUAUCAAUGAGAACUGGAAUCCUGAAUAUAUAUCUCUAGGUAGGACUAAUGAACCUGCAGCUGUUGCAUAGUUCUGCUAGCCUGAGUAUCAAUGAGAACUGGAAUCCUGAAGUCAGAGAUGAUAUGGAGAUGGUUCUUAACAGAUUGGUUCCUGAGACACUGAACUGGAAGCAUACUGGAGUUACAGGGGAGGAUAGUCCAGCUCAUGUUAAAGCAGUUCUUCUUGGAUCCAAUCUCAGAGAGAAGGCGGGAUCUAGAAAAAUCGUCGUUACUUUAAAUGGUCUUCAGUUAUAAGAAAGAGAACGACAAUAACCAUAAACAUUUCUCCAAGAAAAAAGUAAAUUUUGAAAAAGAUGAAAAUCCAACUAAAUCAGUGUGGCUGCCUAAUGCUUAUAGCACAGAGAUCCAGACCGCUGUAAAAAUUGUGCAUCUAUUUUCAAUACCAGGUCGAGUGUUGCAACGCCUUGGUCUUUAGAUUUACCAUAUUAACUCGCUUAUACUUUUUUUGAUGUUGGAAAUCUUUUAUUGUGAAUAUUAAGACCAAUGCUUAACAUCUAUCUAUUGUUAAUCUGCAUUAAUUCAAUCUUAAUCGAUAUCCCGCAAAAAGUGUCGUCUGUGGACAACGAACAGCCAAUCAGAAGACAGGAAAUUUUGUUCUCAACCAAUGGGAGAACAGAGAAAUUGUGUUCAUCUGCGUAAAAUUCUAAAAUCCCUAUUGUGAAUAUCAGGAUAAAGCGUUCGGGAUUAUGGAUAUCCAACUUAAAAAUUCCCACUUCUGGACAUAUUAUACGUUUCAGAAUUAUAAACCACUUGUUUCAAAGCUUCAGCUAAAAAGAAGUAAUGUGAAUAAAAACAUGCCUUCCAAACGAGUUAAAUAAAUUUGGCAUUUUUUGUACUCAA